AUGGAGGGCGCCGAGUUCGUCCAUGCCGUGGCGCCCGGCGUCACCGUGGCCGAUGUCACCGCGCCGCUGUAUACCCCGAUGCUGGUCCGGUCCUUCUUCCCGCUGGAUGGGCUGCAUGGCGUCGACGCUGCCGCGGGCUCGCACCCGCUCCUAGCCGUGCAGGUCACCGAGCUGGCCGACGGUGUCUUCGUCGGCAUGUCGCUCAACCACGCUGUCGCCGACGGUUCGGCCUUGUGGCACCUCUUCAACACCUGGUCGGAGAUCAGCCGUCAGAGUGACGGCGCCGACAUCUCCUCUCCUUUGCCGGUGCACCGGAGGUGGUUCCUCGACGGCUGCCCUGUUCCGAUCCCUCUGCCCUUCGGCAAGCUGGAGGACAUCCCGGUCAGCCGGCGUACUGCAGAUGAGCAUCCAUCAUCUGUGAAGGUGGAAUGCUUCCUCAAUUUCUCGGCCGAGAUGGUAAAGAAGCUCAAAGCAAAGGCAAACGCCGAGAUGUCCGGCACCAGCAAUGGCACCACCACCAUCUCGUCGUUGCAGGCCCUGCUCGCGCACCUAUGGUGGAUCGCGGUGACCCGAGCCAGGAGGCUGGCACCGGACCACAGGACGACGUACGUCAUCCUCGUCGGAUGUCGGGGCCGCGUGGAUGGCCUGCCGGCGGCGUACGCCGGCAACGCCGUUGCACGCGCCGAGGCGGUGUCGACCGCCGGCGAGAUCCUACAAAGGGGGCUGGGCUGGACCGGGUCACUGCUGAACAGAGCGGUGGCGUCGUUCGACGUGGCAACUCAGAGGGACAGACAUGCAUCCUGGCCGCAAGAGCAUUACUUCUUGCGUGCGCGCCCAACGGCCACGGCAAAGAUGGUGACGGGUGGCUCGCCGCGGUUCGACGUGUACGGGAACGACUUCGGGUGGGGCCGGCCGGUGGGCGUGCGGAGUGGCCGUGCGAACAAGAUGGGCGGGACGGCGACGGUGUUCGAGGGUAGAGACGGCGGAGGAAGCAUGGCUCUCGGGGUGUGGCUCUCGCCGGAGGUGCUCGCGAGGCUCGUCGCCGACGAGGAGUUCAUGAGCGCGGUAAGCACGGUCACGGCGUGA